UCUCAUGCAGGACCGCACAGUAAAGCGGCAUAUUAGGGACCAUUUCAUAACACCAUUCCACCAUUUUCUCACUCUCUCUCCAUCUUUUCUAGCUUUCCAUCAAACCGGUCUUCCCCGUCGGUAGGGAGAAGAGGAGGGAAAUCACAACCCCUCCCCCCUCCCUAGCCUGACCCCACCACCCCCACCCCCUAACCGUUAUGAAAUUACACCGAUCAUAUUAUCAGAUACCACUGUAACUAUUUCCUCCGCACGGCGGUUGUGCCUCCCCACAACGGCCGCGCGGUUUUCUCGGGCCGGCAACGACCGUUAUCCGAUCAUCGAUCGUAUCUAUGAGAAAAUUCCCCACUCCUUCCGGAUCUCAUCAUUUUAUUCACAAUGGAACGAAUACGACGUCGUAUCCUACUCCUCCUCCGCAGAUAGCGCCGCCGCCGCCGCCUCAACGUUCAACCUCGCGAUUGCUUUAUUCAUCUCCGUCGCCUCCGGUUGUUAUUGACAGCGGCGAAGAUUUUGGUUCCCUAUCGUUAAUCGCUUGUCUUCUGAUCCUCUCAUUUCUUUCAUUGUUCUUCAUUAUUCAUCUCCGGAUUAAAUCGCGGCUUCUCCCUCAUCUCCAGAAUUUCAACUCGCUCUGGACCGUCCGAUUGCUUCUCGUCUUCUUCGCGGUUUUCUGGGCGCUCAAUGAAGUCCUUCGCCUUCCCAUCCUUCACCGGGCGUAUAAUACGUUUCCCCUUUUGCCCCCAUUAACCCUAGACCAACAAACCGGGCUGUGCAAAGUGCACGUGGUUCUCUCGCUCGGAUUUUUCGAACCGGGUUUUUUAGUCACUCUAUUGUUCCUCGUCAACGUCUCAAUAAAAAAAAGUAACCCUAGCCGGUUAUGGGCCGUAGCCGCCGUCGUCAUGGCCUGUUCGCCGGUUUUCUUGUUGCAGAUAAUCCUGGUUUAUUUCUCGCCGUUUGAGGCCCCGUCUCAGAGAAUCUUCUUGCAUCCGAGCUCUAUUCUAUCCAUGGAUUCUCACGGGAACAAAUUCGUGAUCUGUACUUAUCCCACGUUCAGCUGCGUCGUCUUCGGCGCCUUCGCCGUCGGCUACUCGCUCGCCUUCAUGUUAUCGUGUUGGAAAGUGGUGGCGUUCGUCAUCAACAAGACAAUCAGCUGCCGGAUCAACACGCUCGCCGUGUCGGUGAUGGUGUCGCUGCCGGCGCAAAUCGUCUGUCUCUGCGUAUUGCUGGUGUCGCUGCCCGGCGGCAAUAUCCACGGCUGCGCCAUCUUCGCCAUGUUUGUCUCCGUUUCAUGGUGCGUGGCCGUGGGAGAGGUUAUUUUGAUAAUCAAGCCGAUUGCUGAUUCUCUCGCCGCCGCCGCCGCAGGCGGCGGCGGCUGCGGAGGUGGAGAUUAUAGCCCGUGCAGUUCCGACGCCACGGCGGAAACUCGGCGGUGGGAGGAGGCAGGAUGAUUGUCGUCGACCGAGGAGGACAAAUCCGUCAUUUCAGUAAGUUUAGAAAAUGAGAUCUAGCGAAGGAUAUGAUCGUGCUCACAGGCCACAGCACGGGGUACAAUCUUACAAGCAUACCCAUGGAAAGAAUGAAAGGCGGCGCGGAAGCACUGAGUUCACAAUUCUGCCCUCGGAUCUAAUUUGUAAAAAUGAUUUUUUUUUCUUCAUAAUUAGCAAAACUGUUGAUAGUCUCAGAAAAAGUUUGGGUACACAUAGGGGAGAAAAGCUUCUUUUUAAAAAAAAAAAAUCCAAAAUUUGUGUUACUUUAUAUAUACAUAUAUACUCCAGUGUGUAUAUAUAUAUAUAACUAUUUGUAAGUGUGUGUAUAUUUUUAAUUUUAAUAUACAUGUAUGUAUAUAUGUAUGUCUGAGUGACCAAUUCGUACAUAGUGUUUACAUAAUUGAUCAUAUACACUUAGUCUUGUAAAGACUUGUAAUAAAUUUUGUAUUGUUUCGAUCAUGAGUUGAAUGCUACUGAGUAUAAGACACUUUUACAACAA